UCUUCAGUCAAUACUCUCUUUUAUUGACUGCUCUCCGCUUCUUACAUGUGUCUGUUAGAACUAGUACGAUCAACAGAGCGACUUUGAAUAGUUCUUGCUCGGGCCGUACUAGUACAGCCUGUCUCCAGAUAUAGUAUGGAUACCUGGUAGCAGGCACAUCCUAUAUAUUCGCUGUCACAUUGUCGUAUGCAUCCGCAUCUUGGACCAGUCAUUCUUUCGAUCUCUAUUCAUAACUGCGGACUUUCCGUUACACCUGAACACAACUCAUCUCUCGACAAGUCAUUCCGGUUGCUAUAUACAAAUUGAUGCAGGCCAUUCGUGGCAGGCUGUUUUUUCGACGUGCCUCGGCGCUAUAGCCUGCAGCCAAGGUCUCCUCUGGGUGGUCACGAUGGGUUUCCUGAAGAGAUUCGGGAAGACGAGGAAUCUUCUUUCCCGCUUUCAUUCGAGAUUUGGGGACAUCUCCAUAACAGCUCCUAACUGCGGCUCUUGGAAUCAGCGACCCUCUUCGGAUACUGACGGGUUUUCUCAGCUGGACAUCAUAUCUUCAGCAGACGGCCGUCCGAUCCUAAGACAUCCCAGUAAACCAAAGAAGAAUCCGAGAUCCAGCUUAAUUGCUAGAUUAUGCUUGCGUGAUCCCGGAUUUCAGGAAUCUUCGUCAGACCUUACAGCAGCUAGGCCCACUGAACAGCAUCGCAGAUGGCCUGGACCUCACUCUCGAGAGAGACAGAGGUCAAAUGAUGGGACACAUCAAGACGGAAGUGACAGUUCCCUACCUGACAGGAGAGAAGGGAAUAGAUCCAGAUGCUCGCGACCCAUUACCCCAGCCAGUCACUUUAGAGAUGACAUCCCACCAUCUCGAAAUCGGAGCUCGUCGGGGCGUAGCGCGACCACUGAGAGAAAGGUAGAAGUGAUGGGAUCACCGGAGGAAGAACUGCCGCGCCGUCCACCGCUAUCGAUCACGUCCCGAAUGCGCUCUGCCGCUUCAUCGAAUGCCUCGACGGCGCCAACUGUGUCAUCCAGACAAACUACACAGUCAUCAGCUAUGUCCAUGGGCUCCAACCGUACCAGCCCGGCAAUGUCAUCGACUUCCACGGGGUCGGUUUAUCCUCAGACUCCAAAACUCAUGAAGAUCGCUUAUAACCCUUCGUUUCACACAAAAUGUUCCCGUCGUGAGAAACGGGAGAGAAAGACUGAAAAAGAACUAGUUCCCUCCUAUGAUGAGCUUUAUGGUUGAGGGGAUGAGUUUUCUAGAUGCGAUCAGAGUUCUCUAGUCAUUUCCCUGUACCACUUGGCGCCUAAUUAGGUGUCAUAGCUGGCGUUAAAGGCGUGUAUUGUCAUGUUAGUCCUAACUAUUGCAAAGUGUUUUGAGUUACGUUUCAACAGCCACUGGUCCAAUGAACCAGUGGGACAAGUAGGUACUUAAUAUCUCCCACCGAGGUCAAGUACAAAGAUGAUAUUGUUAGUUUCGGAAAUUCGGUUCUUAGUCCGCUGGUAUUACUACGAUUUUCGUGUGUCAAUCAUGUACAUACUCUGAGAGCAAACCAUCUUUAUCUCUG